AUGUCAUUAACAUUAAGUGAUUUGAUCAAUCAAUCAUUAGAUAAAAUUAGAAAGGCAAUUACAAAAAAAUAAUUUCAAUUAUAACAAUUAAUUGAAGAAACUCAAUGUAAUUAUAUUUAAUAUAAAAAAAGAGAUUUAAGAUUAUAAUGAUGCAAAUCACUUAAUAAAGAUUUAUUAAUAGUGCAUUGAAUCAAAAUAGAUUAAAUUAAUUGAACUGGCUUUAUUUGAUAUCAAAGUAAAGUCUAUGAGAAAUAUUAUAGAAUAUAAUAGAUUUAGGUUUUUUGGCUGGAGAGAUAAUAAUAGGAGAAAAAAGAGCAAUAGAAAUAACUUUAGAGUUAGUAUUGUAAACUCAAGUAGAGAAAGAAGAGACAAUUUAAAUAUAUAUGAUAAAAGCAAUAUAAGCUAUAAUGACUAAUAGAAAGCAUCAUAUUUAUGGAGAAGCUGUAACAAGAGUAUUUUCGCUAUUAAUAAAUAUACAUUCAGGUAUAUAAUAUUGAAUUAUAUAAGUUUCUAAAAAUGUUGCAAUUAUAAAUAUAAGUAAAGAAGCUUGUUUAAAGAUUGUUGAUACUUAUUUUAUAAGACUGGAAGAUUAUGGUAUUCUUUCAGAAGAUGAAUAUUAAUAAGCAAUUUAACAAUAAUGUAAUUAGAAAUUAUUAGUUUAUGGAAAAUGUAAAGCACAAAUAAAGGCUGAAUAAUAUAUGAAAUCUUUGAUGGUAACUUUAGUUGAUGAAGUUAUAAUAUAUAGUGAAAGAAGAUCAAUUUAUGAGAAAUAAUUAGAUGAAUAAAAUAAAAUGAAAGUUAUUGAUUUAAAUUUACAAGAACCUAAUCUAAGAAAUGUAACCAUUAAUAAAAAUUAAAUAUAAAUAAAUUCAAUCAAUGAAGUUGGUAUUAAAAAUGGUAAGUUUGGUUGGUGUAUAAUUUGUAGAAAAUAAGCAUUCUAAUAUUGUAAAGAUACUAAAGUACCAAUCUGUAGUAAAGAAUGCAAAUUUAUACAUUUAAACUAGAUGCAUAAUUUUACCUUAUCAUAUUAACAUUCUACUUAGAGUGAAUAAUAUUUAAAAGAUGCUUAUGAAAUUUUAGAAAUGUUUUGUUAAUUAAGCUAAAGAGAUCCUUAAAAUCCAUAAUUAGCUUAAAUGAUCAUUAAAUGUAAAGUCUUAUCUUUAGAAUUAAUAUAUGAAGCUUUGGCCUAAAGCGAUUUAAUAUUAUAAAAUAAGCCUAAAUUAAUAUCAAUAUUGAAAGAGUAGUUAUUAGAAUCAUUGCUUAAGAAUUCUCUAUCAACUGAAAAACAACUAUUAGUUAUAACUUUAAAUAUUUUCAUUUAAUUGAUUUGGAAAGUAAGGAGUAAUAUGAAAAAAGAAUUAGAAGCUUUAAUAGAAAAUGUUUAUUUCAAAUUUUUGGAAAGUAGUAAUAGUUCUUUUGAUCAUAAAUAAUAUACUUUAAAAGUUUUUAAUAAAAUACUUACUCGUCCAAAGGCAGUUAUGGAAAUAUUUGUAAAUUAUGAUUGUUCAGUAGGAUAGAAUAAUUUACUUAAAAAAAUUCUGGAUAUGCAAUGUCGUAUAAUUUAAGGGAGAUUUAGUAAAUUAGAAUUUCAAGCUUCAAUAUCAAACAAUCAAGAAAUUUAUCUUAAAUCUUUAUGUUUAGAUAAUUAUUGUGGAUAUGUUAGAAGUUUAAAAGAAUAUUGUGAAUAAUACGAAGAUUCAUAAAAUGUAGUUUAAAUUUAAUCAUUUGAUGAACAUGAGGAAGCUAUCAUCUCAUAGUAAUAAUUAUCAUAAGAUCCUAUUGAAAAAUAGAAAUAAAUGAAAUUAGAAAUGAAUAAGGCUGUUUAAAAAUUUAAUUUUAAACCUGAACAUUGUAUAAAACAUUUGAUUGCUUGUUAAUACAUGGAAAAUAGAGAUUGCAAAUUAUUUGCUUAAUUUCUUUGGGAUAAUAGAGAUUUAAAUAAAGAUAAAUUAGGAGAAUUAUUUGGUAGUUCAAAUGAAUUUGAUUAGAAAGUAUUUUCAUUAUAUGUGGAUUUGAUGAAUUUUAAAGGGUUAUAAGUAGAUGAAGGUUUAAGAUAUAUGUUGGAAUUCUUUACUUUACCAGGAGAAUCAUAAUAAAUAGAUAGAAUUAUGGAAAAGUUUGCUUCAAAAUAUUGUGAAGAUAAUCCUGGAAUUUAUUAAUCAGCAUAAGCUGCAUAUACACUUUCUUAUUUAUUAAUGAUGUUAUAGACUGAUCUACAUAAUGAAAAAAACUUAGAUAAAAUGACAUUAGGUUAAUUCAUAAAUUUAGCAAGAGGAAUAAAUGAUGGAGAGAAUCUACCUUAAGAAAUGUUAUAAGGAUUUUAUACAAGAAUUUAAAAAACACCUUUAGCUUUACAUGCAAAAGAAUAAGCAAAAAGAGCAUUAGAAUAAGCAAAUUAAGUAGAUUAAAGAAAGAAACAUUUUAUAUUAGCUAGAGAAGCAGAAGAUUCAUUAAAAAAAUGGUUUAAAGAACAUCCUAAUUAAGAUGCAUUUUAUUAUGUUAAUACUAUUGAACAUAUGAAAUCUUUAUUAUAAUAAACAUGGAGUGUAAUAUUUGCAUCUAUAAGUGUAUUCUUAGAAUAAAGUGAUGAUUAAUAAUAAAUAUUAUUAUGCUUUGAAACAAUUUAAGCAUUUAUUUAAUUAAUGGGCAGAUUUGAUUUAGAUGAAGAAAAAGACACAUUUAUAAGUUUUUUAUAUCGUUAUUGUACAAAUAUACCGAGUACUUACAAAUAAAUAUUGGGAGUACAAACUUUGAUAAAAGUUAGUUUAUAAUCUGGAUAAUUUUUACGUAAAAGUUGGAAAGUAGUAUUGUAAUUAAUAUCAAGAUUAGAAUUAUUACAUUAAGUAGUAAAGAAAAUAAAAGUAGAUAGUCCUUAUAAAGAAAGUUAUAAUCAAGAAGAUAUAAUUAAUAUUGAGAGAUUAUUUUAGUAAAUAUAAUAUGAAUAGAUUGAUAAAAUAUUUAAUAGUUCAAUAAACUUGGAUUCAAAUUCUAUUUUAGAAUUUAUAAGUGCUUUAUGUGAGCUUUCUAAAGAGGAAAUUAAAUAUAAUAGAAUAUUUUUAUUGAGUAGAGUAUUAGAAGUAGCAGAUUUUAAUAUGAAUAGAAUUAAAAUUAUAUGGUCUAGAAUGUGGGAAAUAAUGAGAGAACAUUUUCUAGAAGUUGGAUGCUAAAAAAAUGUAGAUAUUGCUAUUUAUGCUAUUGAUUAAUUAAAGUAAUUGAGUUGUAAAUUCUUAGAGUAACCAGAAUUGGCAAAUUAUCAUUUUUAAAAAGAAUUUUUAUUGCCUUUUGAAUAGAUAUUUAGUCAUACUUAAGCUUAAUAAUAAUAAAAAGUAUAAUUGAGAGAAUAUAUAUUAUCUUGUAUGUGUAUGAUAACAAAUGUUUGUUUCAACUCAAUAAAAAGUGGUUGGAAGAUUAUUUUGAAUAUUGUAAAUUAAGUACUUUAGGAUGAUUAAUAAUAAUUGGCAAGAUUUUGUGUAUAAAUUACAGAUAAAAUUAUGUAAGAUAUUAAUAACUAAUAAAUUUAUUCAGAAAUUUAUAUUGAGCUGAUUUAAGCAUUAAUUAAAUAAACGAAGAAUAAAGAAAUAACUAUUGUAUUGAAUUCAAUUUAAUAAUUAAAAAUUUUAGUUGAUCACAUAGUAUUGAUUAAAAGAAAUGAUAAUAAAUAUUUAGAUUAAUUAUGGAUUCCUGUUUUAUCAUCUCUCUCUGUCUUAUAUAGUGAUGAAAGAGUAUCAGUUUAAUAAAAAAGUGUUAAUACUUUAUUUGAAUUAUUAAAAAUACAUGGGGAAUAAUAAUCAAUUGAAUUUUGGAAAAUGAUUUUAAGAGGUGUUAUAAAACCAUUAUUUGAUGAAAUUCAGUUUUCUAAAUUAUAAUUUACUAAAUAAUCUUAAACAAAAUAAUAGAUUAUUUCAAAUUGUUAAUUGACUUUUAAUUUAUUUACAGAUUUGAUGAUUUUAUAUUUUUAAUAAAUGUAACCUUGCUUAAAUGAUUUAUUUGAAAUCUAUAUUUAACUAGUGUUAUAAACUUAAGAUGUAAUUAUUAUUUAUUUAUAUUAAGUUUCUUUCAACAUUAUGUCUUGAUUCUCUUAAAAUCAUUGUUUAAUAAGGUGGUUAAUUCUUUACACAAGAAAAUUGGACUGUUAUGAUUGAAUAAAUAUAACAUUUAUUGUAAAAAUGUUCUCCAAAUGAAUUAUUUGAGGCUUAUAAUUUAGAUGAGGAUUUCUAAAAACCAUUAGAAUAACUCUUAAAAGAAGAUAUAAGACCAAAAAAGUUUAGUUUUAAAAUUAAUGCUCAUGAAUGCACUUCAAAACAGAUUAUUCAAUAAAAAUGUUUAGAAAUUCUUGAAGAGUAUAUUAUUAAAUUUAAAAAUACAAUAUCAUAAUAAAAUAAAGCAUAAAUUUUAAUAAUAUUUAAUGAAUAAUAUUAAAAAUGUAAAAAGUUUAACACACAUUUAUAUAUGAGAUAUUAUUUAGAAUAAUGGGCAAUGGACUACGACAAAAAUAAAAAUGGACUAGAAGAAUUCAAUGAAUUACAAAAUAAUUAAAAUAAAAAUGGUUAAUUAAGUUUUAUUAAUUAAGAAUUUAUUACAGCAAAACUCAUUAUUUUGUUAACAUCAAAACCCUUAGAAUUUAUUGAAUAAUUAAUUUCGAGAUUCACUGAUGCAUAUAAUGGAUUAUCAUAACCUAUACAUAAUUUAUAAACUUUAAAUGGUUAUUUAGAGUAACUCAGACUUUCAGAAUCUAAAAUUAUAAUAAGUAAGUCUUAAAUUCUAUUUAUGGAAUAAGUAUUUCCAAUUUUAAAGAUAAAUUUACAAUAAAAAAUUGUUGGUAAAUGGUUAAUUUAAUUAUUAAAAUUGGGAUUAAAUGCAUAAAAUGUAGAAAAUAGAGAGUAUAAUAUAGUUUUAGUAAAUUUAUUAGAAGAGAUUAUAAAUAGUGAGAAUAAUGUAUAUUGA